UAAAAAUUCCGGGCUUCCUCACACGAUCCCCAUGAAGCUCUCCGGUACCUGUGGUAGCGUUAGCGUGCGUCUUAUCCCGGCGCCGCGCGGCACGGGCCUCGUCGCCGCCCCGGCCUCUAAGAAGAUCCUCGCCAUGGCUGGCCUCGAGGUCAGCAGCUGCGUCCAACAACUAAUGAGGCCUUCGAGUCGCGGCGGGGGCGGGCCAGCUAUUUAGCGGCCGCCGCAUCCAUGACGCGAAACGCCAACUCACUCCUUUGCACGCAGGACUGCUACUCCACGACGCGCGGCCACUCGCGCACGACGGGCAACUUUAUUACCGCUGUUUUCAACGCGGUGUCGGCCUCGUACGGCUACUUGUCGCCCGAGUUAUGGAAGCCUACGGCGAGUGCCAGAGUCAGCAUUUCAUUUUAUGGACGCCGAGGGCCGUCGAGAGUCGAAAAUUUCACUCACUCGUCGUUCUCUACUUAGGUCUUCAGCAAGGCGCCCUUCCAAGAACACACCGACUUCCUCGCCAAGGAGGCCGAAUCGGCCAAGGCCGACGCCGCGUAUUAGGCGCGCGUCACGAAUACCGGAGGCGUCCAGGUCUCCUCCGGUCCCCCGCCACGAAGUGGGGCGUCGACCCUCGCGAAGUAUCGCGUACCGGCCUGCCCGGAAGUGGUCUAACAAUCCAAAAACUCCAGGGAUAGCGUAGGACAAAACCCGCGCGUAAGAAACCGCAGCCUUUGCGGGCCAUACAGAUGCAAAAGAGGCAGCCCCACGAUGCCCAGCAAUCGAUAAAAACAACUGCUCGACACCACUAAUGAAAUUGACAGCACUCCUAUGCAUCCACCUCUGCAGCACCACAGGAGCCGAAAAGGGCAGCAGCCGCGACAAGUUCUGGCGCCGGCAGCAGCAGCAUCGCGGCCGACGGACGCCGGCACCGACGCGCGCGCCGACGACGACGGCGGCGCCCGUCGCUGCGCCCGAUCGGCGGGGCGUCGUGCGGGCCCGCGCGCGCGUGCUCGCACGGCGCGCCGCCGCCGCGCCGUUGCCCGUGCUCAGUGCCACGAAAUGCGUCGUGGCGCUGCUCGUCGUGUCGGAGACGGAUCUGAUGGCGGUCGUCGACCGGCGGCUCCAGCAGACCGCCGCGGUGCGCGACGGCCGCGCGGCCGUCAUCUUCGUCGCCGACCGGCACGACCACGCCCUCAACAAGAAGCGCCUCGACACGACGCGCCUGCGCUACGUCGAGAACGCGGACAUGGCGGCCGUCGCCGGCGCGGACGUGUCCGAGUACGCGACCGAGGCGCCGCGGCUGCGCGAGAUCGCGGACUGCGGCGACAUCCGCAUCCGGUCCGUGCGGUGCGCGCAGAUGAUGCCGCGGAAGUACUGGCGGGACCUCGUGACGGCGGCGUUCUGGGUCGCGCUGCGGUCGGCGCCGCGGGCCGAGUACGUCCUGCGCGUCGAGCCCGACGCGGUGUUGUGUCUUGACUCGUUGGUGACGGCCCUCGCGGCGGUGCCCGCAUCAGCGAAGCCCUUCGUCCUGGGCCUGCGGCGGUUCUGCCACUACGACGACACGUUCAGCCUCGUGUCGCGGCCCCUCGCCGACGCCGUCGUCUUUGAGUGGCCGCACCUGCGCGACUUUGCGCGGCUGACGACGAAGUACACGAUGUACGGCAUGGUCUGGCCCGCGCUCGUGCACUGGCUGAGGCGCGUCCGCGGCUUCGAGGCGGAGCUGCUGGCCUCGAACCCCGACCUGAAGACGUUGAUCCAGUCGGAGAAAUUGGAGCGGUACGUGCAAAUCAUCGACCCCAUCGACCACCACACCGGCCGUAAUCCCAGAACGUCGGCGGCAAUGUACAAAAAGACCUACGAGCGCGAGGCGCAGGCCGGGUUCGCGAAGAAGGGCGUGCGAUUUGACGAGGAGACGCGCGAGUGGAUCCUGUACUACACGGACCGGUUCGGCCGCAACGUCACGCGGAAGAAGUUCCCCCCGAACCAGCGCUUCGCGCGGCUCGAGGCGCUGCGCGCGGCGCAGCCGCGGACGGCGCCCGCCGAACGGUGCCUCGCGCGCUGGUACCUGCACCAGUACAAGGUCGCGGCGGGCAUGGACGCGCACUGGCCCGAGUUCACGUCCAUGGACGGCAGGCGGCCCGCCGCGGACUGGGCGCCGUACUGGGACGCGGCGCGCCGCCUCCCGCUCGGCGGCUGCUUCGACGCGCGGUUCCAAGGGAAGCCCGGGGUCGGCGCGUACCUGAACGCGAGCGCGAUGGGGUUCCCUUUGAAAGUCGGGACGACGCGGCGGUUUCCGGACACGGCCGCGACGAGUAUGGCGGCCGCGCUUGAGGCUUUUGAGGAGACGAUUGACUAGGGUCGGGGGGCUAAAGUUUUAAGCUA